GCACAGGACCCGGAAGACGUGUGUUCGCUGUCAAUGCCAACGACGGAGAGGAGACACCGAGAGCCGAACGCCCGCAUUUAAGACAAGAUGACAGGUCUGCCCCGCAGGAUCACCAAGGAAACUCAGCGCUUGCUCACAGAGCCUGUCCCAGGCAUCAGGGCAGAGCCAGAUGAGAGCAACUGCCGCUACUUCCAUGUGGUCAUUGCCGGACCCCAGGAUUCACCAUUUGAGGGUGGCACGUUUAAACUUGAACUCUUUUUACCAGAGGAAUAUCCCAUGGCUGCUCCUAAAGUACGCUUCAUGACCAAAAUAUAUCAUCCCAAUGUCGACAAGUUGGGAAGAAUAUGUCUUGACAUUUUGAAAGAUAAAUGGUCACCAGCUCUGCAGAUUCGCACAGUGCUGCUUUCGAUCCAGGCGCUUCUAAGUGCUCCGAACCCUGAUGAUCCUCUUGCAAAUGAUGUUGCAGAGAGGUGGAAGGCCGACGAAGCUGAAGCCAUAGAAAUAGCCAGGACUUGGACCAGGCUUUACGCUGGAAGCAGGAAUGAAGUGUAGAGCAGCCUGACAAGAGGAGACACAAGUGGAAGUCAAGUGUGAACACAACUCUUCAUGUUCUGCCAGGACCUCUUCCUACAUCAUUUGCAUUUAAAGGACACAGUCUUACAUGAAUAAAUAUCGAAAUAAAUAUCUCUAAUAUAAAUACACACACACAUACGCGUUUAUUAUUGAAUACUCAUGAAUAUAACGUAAAGGAAAAAAAAACUGCUGACAACUGGUGAUUUGAAUGCACACUAGAGAUGAAAUGGCUUGUCUUUGCCCUAACCCACUACUGUUGAAAUGCAUGGGCAGAGGUUUUAGAUCUUCUCACCUGGCUUUCUUCGUCCAUUGAUUUUUUUUCGGGAGGAUUUUACCAACCGUGCUCAAACAUGCACGUUAAGGGGGGAAGAGGGUAUUCUGUGUCGGGGAUGGCGUGAGAUGGGUGGAGAGGAGAGACUGGCUAGAUUUGGUCAAUACGGUAUACAUUUUAUGUUUGUCUACUUUUUUUUUUUUUUAAAGGAUCUUUGUUUUAUUGUGCUGCUGUUUGUUUAUUAAAAGCAGCUAACCGCUACUAACCCGCUGUAGACACUCACCUGGAGUCCGAGCAGAGUUUCGUCCUGUGAAGGUGAUGCAGCAGGACACAUAGGUAAUUAUAAUCAUACGUCUUCUUUAAGUCACAUCUGGCUUUAUUAAGUUAAAAAUAAAAUGACUUAAAAAAAUAUACUCAGCCUGCCACAUUAACUUUCAACCACUCUGUAGACCUGGAUGUAAGCUUGGGGAAGGUGAGAUUGAAUGCGGAGGGUGCGGUGGACAUUGAGAACCUUUUAGUUUUAGCACAUAGUGUAUGUUUUACUACCAUAUCCAGCCUUUUAUUUGUGAAUCUUUCUAAUGCCAUACUAACUCCUCCGCUUGUUUCCCCUGUGUGUUUCACCUCAGUCUAAUUCUUCAAGACUUUGGUCUACUUUUUCCAAUGGCAUUUAUUUCACAAAGCAGGGAUUACACGUGAGCUGUCAUUUGUUUGAUAAUUUGAGUGGGUGUUGCGGGGCUGACCUGUUUGGGACAUAAUGCUUAGUAGUUGCGGGAUCAAACUCCAAAUGAUCGGGGGAGGGCCGUUGGGACUCGUGAUGGUCGUAGUUGGUCUUUGGCUGAAAAGUCUGUAUUCAAUUCACUGUCUAUAAAUUCAUUCUCUCUAUUCAUCUGGAGUGGAAAUGUCUUCCUGCUCCCAGGAUGCUAUGGAACAGUUCACCUGCAUACUUUUAUGUUCUGUAAAUAAAAUCUAUUGAUUAAUAAACA